AUGCAGCACGUACAAACUCUCCCUCGGGGAAUCGAACCCCGGUCUCCCGCGCUUAUCGGUUUUAAUGACAAGCGGAAAUCAUCACCACUAGACCAAGGAAGAUUGAAUGACCGAGUUACAGCUCGACCACUUGGCUGGUUGAUGGAAGGUCCCACAUGCAAAUGUCUCAAGUUUCAGCAUCUAUUUGACAAAAUUUGCACAUAUGUAGCCGUCCGCAUCACCUCUCCUGUAACUCCUUCCAUAUCAAUGGGAAAGACAGCGCAUACAAAUUCUGGGUAA